GGACUGAGUAUAAAGACGAUGGCUUCCUCGCCCAGGACAGACAUGUUAUUCUUUCUGUCCUCAUCCCGAUCCAACACCAUCAGGACUCACUUAAUACUAUCUCUACAAAACAAAAACCAUUAAUCCAACACUCUCCUUCUUUCCUCCCUACAACACAACUCCGUCGAGUCUUCAACCACACCACCAUCAAAAUGCAGUUCACCACCACCACCCUCAUCACCCUCCUGGCCGCCGCCGCCUCGGCCGCCCCGGCCCCGGCCGCCGGCAAGCUCGCCGCCGUCUCCAAGAUGGCCGAGGGCUCGCAGUGGACGAUUGUCGACUUCAAGCGCACCUGCAACGACGCCGACACGUCGUGCGCCGUCAGCUUCGCCAUCGACGCCGGCAGCGGCUCCGCCACGGCGUGCGCCUACAAGGUGGCCGCCGGCAAGCAGGCGUCGCGGGCCCCCCAGACGGGCGCCACCUGCGGCGACUACACCGUGACCUCGGGCUGGAGCGGCCAGUUCGGCGAGGGCCAGGGCUUCACGACGCUCGCCGUCGUCAACAACGUCAAGCGCCUCAUCGCCUGGCCCGCGUACACGGACAAGCAGCUCGUCAACGGCAAGGCGGUCAGCCCGGACCAGAGCUACACCCCUGCCCGCCUUGGUUAGAUGCGCUUUUGUUGUGGGGGCGCGCACUCCGAAGGAAAGGUUAUAUGAACUGUUUUUGUGACGGCCGAGACGGAACAUUCCAAAGAGGGAUGGACGAAGGGGAAGACAAGUCCCCGGUUAAUGUUUUCCAUAAUGAGAUAAUAGAGCCAGAUGUGUGAUGCUCACAUGGCAUUUGCUUUGGGUGUCAAAUACAUAAGCUUCCCUGGUAUCCGUGCUUCCUACCGUUUUACCUUUUUUAGUAUGUCGACG